UCAUAGACAGAAUCGAAGUCAAAGUCUACGCCCGCCCAGUCCGAUGCCGACAAAAAGGCUGAACGCCUCGCAAAAUUGGCAGCAUGGAAGAAGAAGCAGGAAGAAAAGGAGAAGCAGAAAGAGCCAACUCCAGGUGGAACCAGGAAGCUUCUAGCUGAAAUGGACGAAAAGGCUAACCCUACACCCUCUAAUGCACUUCCUACAGGAGCUUCUCCAGCGCCAGCAUCACCCGCCGACACUCAUGUUUCUUCGCCGGCAACUCCAUAUGCCGGUAAAUUUGACCCCAAGGCUAUUGCGAAAAAGUCUGCUCCCAAGACACACCCUCCUGCUGCCGCCCCUAAACUAGGCAGUGUUGCGGUUCAACCAGCUUCAAACCCUCCUUCAGCAGCAAAAACUCCGAGUGUGUCUGCUCUUCCGCAAAGUAGAGCUAAAGCAAGCGGUUUCGGCUUCCACAAGCAGAAUGCUGAAGCCGACAAGGUUUCACAAAAACGAAAGUUGAUGCUCGAUGAAGAUGAAGCAUCGGAUAGAAAACUUGCUAAGCUGCCCUCCCUGCCUCUUGGCGACGUUGAUGAUACACCAUAUGAAAAUCAGGACGAAGAGGAAGACGAUGAUGACGCAAAUCAUUUUGUUGGGGACGAAGCGGAAGAGGCCGCCGCCGCUCGAGCAGCUCAAGAGAGACGAGAGGAACGGAUUGCGCAAGAAAACGCCCAACAAACAACGGAAAUGCAAGUCGACCAACCCGAAGAAGAAACAGCCCCGGACACGAACGGCGCGACUCAAAUCGCGCAGUCGAAUGAGGCUAUGGAAGUGGAUGAGGAUGACGUUGACCCUCUAGAUGCUUUCAUGAAUGACCUCGAGGCCAAGCCUGUCGCAGAAAAGCCCAUCAAGGUUACAAGUGACCAAAGUAAGAAUCCUCAAGAGCCUGAAGCAUAUUUCAGCGAUGAUGAAUACGAUUAUCGGAAUGAAAAGAUGGACCCGGAUUCAUUCUUAGCCAUCGCGGCAAAAGCCCGUAAGAAGAAGGAUAUUCCAUCCGUUGAUUACAGCAAGCUUGAUCUGGAACCCGUUCGAAAGAAUUUCUGGGUCGAACCAGCAGAGUUAGCCGAGAUGAGCGAAGCCGAAUUAGCAGACUUACGCGUCGAGCUGGACGGCAUCAAGGUCUCUGGUAAGGAUGUACCAAAGCCAGUCCAGAAAUGGUCACAGUGUGCUUUGUCAAGAAAGACGCUCGACAUCAUUGACACCUUAGGGUUUGAUAAGCCUACACCGAUUCAAAUGCAAGCGUUUCCUGCUAUCAUGUCUGGCCGAGACGUCAUUGGUGUUGCGAAGACAGGCUCAGGAAAAACCCUUGCUUUUCUACUGCCAAUGUUUAGGCAUAUCAAAGACCAGCGGCCUUUGCGAGAAAACGAGGGACCCAUCAGUCUAAUCAUGACUCCAACGCGUGAGUUAGCUACCCAGAUCCAUCGGGAUUGCAAACCAUUCUUAAAGUCGAUGAAUCUUCGGGCGGUUUGUGCCUAUGGUGGUGCACCUAUUAAAGAUCAUAUCGCCGAGUUGAAGAGAGGUGCAGAGAUCGUCGUCUGCACACCGGGCCGUAUGAUCGAUCUAUUAGCAGCCAACCAAGGCCGUGUAACGAACCUAAGGAGAGUCAGCUACGUUGUCCUCGAUGAGGCAGACAGAAUGUUUGAUAUGGGAUUUGAGCCGCAGGUGAUGAAGAUUUUUGCGAACAUGCGCCCGGAUCGCCAGACGAUUCUCUUUUCAGCUACCAUGCCACGUAUCAUGGAUGCUCUCGCUAAGAAGGUCUUGAAUAGCCCUGUAGAAAUAACUGUGGGAGGUAGGAGUGUUGUGGCCUCAGAGAUCACCCAGGUUGUCGAGAUCCGCGAAGAAAACACCAAAUUCGUUCGUUUACUUGAGCUUCUAGGUGAGCUGUAUGACAAGGAUGAAGAUGCUCGCACGCUAGUCUUCGUGGAGCGCCAGGAGAAGGCAGAUGACCUACUAAAAGAAUUGCUGCGUAAAGGGUACCCAUGCAUGUCGAUCCAUGGCGGAAAAGAUCAGAUCGACCGAGAUUCGACUAUUGAGGAUUUCAAGCAUGGUGUCGUCCCAAUUCUCAUCGCAACAUCCGUGGCAGCUCGUGGUCUCGAUGUCAAGCAACUGAAAUUGGUUGUUAACUACGAUGCCCCCAAUCACCUUGAGGAUUACGUACACCGUGCCGGUCGCACUGGACGUGCUGGCAACAAGGGAACAGCGGUCACUUUCGUGACAGGCGAUCAAGAGAAUUGCGCUCCGGGAAUUGCUAAGGCCUUGGAGCAGAGCGGUCAGCCAGUCCCGUCACAACUAGAAGAUAUGCGCAAGGCCUUCAGGGACAAAGUCAAAUCAGGCAAAGCUAAGGAUCAAUCAGGCUUUGGUGGUAAGGGACUGGAGCGUCUUGACCAAGAGAGAGAAGCAGCCCGUUUGAGAGAACGAAAGUCUCAUAGGACGGAAGGCGAGGAAGAAGAAGAGAAGAAAGAUGAGAAAGAAGGCGAUGAUAAGAAGGGCGACAAAGCCUUGUCGGCUAUCCAAACGGCUGCUUCUGGUAUCGUUUCUCGUGACGCUGCUACUCCUAAAAUCGAUCUGGAACCGAAGUUUACUAUCCACAAAAGAGAAGAACCCUCCCCAUCCUCGAACGCGAACAACCCCUUGGACAAGGUCUCUUCCGCAAUCAAUGCUAUCAAUGCUCGUUUGGGCCGUGCUGGUCAACUGCGACCAGGCCAACCAAUCGACAACAAAGGUCCCGACGCAGGCGCGUUCCAUGCAACCCUCGAAAUCAACGAUUUCCCUCAGAAAGCUCGUUGGGCCGUCACCAACAGAACCAACGUUGCUAAGAUUCUCGAAGCUACCGGAACGUCCAUUACCAACAAGGGUACCUUUUACCCGCCUGGAAAGGAAGUGCCGAGUGGUGGUGAACCUAAGCUUUACGUCUUAGUGGAGGGAGAUACCGAGUUAAUGGUAGCUAACGCGAUGGCUGAGCUUACCCGUCUGCUCAAGGAGGGUACCAUAGCUGCUGCUGAUGCAGAUAGUAGGGCUCCUAUUGGUGGUAGAUAUACCGUCACGUAAAAGUACGGAAGGUCUACUUUCUCUUGGGGUUCAGCUGUAAAUCAAUAUAUUAGGCAAGGUAUAAUGCACUGGUGCUAUUUAUUUACAUGGGGUAUUGGCGUUCAGCGGUGGGAAAGAACCAGGCAGAAGUAACAGACGAUGGACAUUCCAUAGAGAUGUUAGAUGGCUGUCGAGAAAAAAAAGAAAUCAGGAAUUCAUAUUCAAAUACCAAACACCCCACGCCUCAGUAGAAAGAUGCUAGUUAUGAGUUCUUGCUUGUGCUGCUUCGUCGGCAUCUCGUUGUCUUAACUCGCUGUUGCUGAUUUCCUUGAGUGUGUCGUUGCGUGUUUGCUUCUUCUGUGCUGCUAAUUGUGUGCCUAGCUUACCAGUAGACUUUGAUGCGAAUGCUUGUGCUCUUGCCUGUUGAUACGUUUAGAAUAAACCACACUAUUAAA